UGUGCCAAAUGUCAGCUCUAUUGCCUGCGUGUUACGAGCAAUCACAAAAAAAAAACGCGUGGGUGUCGCCCCCAUACGUUUUUCAGCCUCCCCUCGGCCGGUUAGGGUUAGAAAUUAGAAAAUAAAGUAUUACAGCCCCCAUGCGAGGUAGGUAAAUGUUGCCGUGCUCGUACAAACGCGACACAAUUUCUCCCAGUGAUUUCUCUGACUAAGAGAGCGUCCCUGCAGUGGGCGGCUCGGUAUCCGCCGAACUGACACCAGGGUCCAGGACCUCCCAGUACCGAGUCAGCCGACCUCCCUGCCCUGCCGGCCGCCUCCCGAUCGGGAUGUCCCGUGAGUGCCCGCCGGCGGCCGCCCCGUCGCUGUCAUCCCCCGGGCCCCUCCCAGCCGUCCCUCGCUGCCCUGCAGGGUAAGUCCGACGAAGCGCCGCCGCUGCGGCCCGGCCCCGACGCGACCCGGCCGUCCCGACCUCGCGCCGCUCGGUGGCGCUCGGGGCCGGUGCCGCGCGCCGGGAUUCCCAGCCGAGUCUGUAUAGGCGCGCGCCGCGCCUCGGACGGCUCAGUACGCACUCUGGCGAGCUGUUGUGAGGACUGCCGACGCUCCGGUGCAAGACGUGAAGUCUACGCUUGUGUUCACGAUACCAACCGGGUCAGCCGGUAACGGACUCGGUCAGCUGAACAACCAGUGUUUUGUAGUCAUGUCUAGGCGAGUGAGUGUAAACGGAAGAGGAGCGGUGCACGCGGUGGCUGACUGCGCCCCGCCACCCUCCCGCGGCACGGCCUUCUUCUCGGCACGCUCUCGGCACCUACCCGUCAAGACGUGCGAGUCGCCAGCGUCGCUGGACCAGAUUCUGGACAGCGGGUUCAUCUCGGGUCACCUGUCGCCGACCACUCCGCCUCCGGCCGGCUACCGGUACCCCAAGGAGGCGACGGCGCGUCCCAGUGACGCCGGGGAGGAGGCCAGCCGCCUGAGCGAGGAGCUGAGCGGCCUGCAGCUGGAGGAGGGCCGUCUGGACGCCGCCGACCGGGCACUCUGGGAGGAGCGCUACAUCACCGCCCUGGAGGAGGCCUUCCGAGGCGACGAGGACGGAGACACGCACCUUCACCUGGCCAUCAUCUACGGCUACGAGCGAGUGGCCGACUGCCUGGUGCGCCUGGUGCCGCACCCCGACUUCCUGAACCUGAGGAACAGUUACAUGCAGACGCCGCUGCACCUGGCGGCGCUGACGGGCCAGGCGGCUCUGUGUCGUCACCUGCUGGUGGCCGGCGCUGACGCCAGUCUCCGGGACCGGCACGGCAACACGCCUCUGCACGUGGCGUGCGCGCGCGGCGACCUGCUGGCCGCCCAGGCGCUCACCAGCACCGUGUCCAACGACGAGACGCGCGAGGCGGCGCUGCGUUACACGCUGCCGCCCUCCCUCGCGCUGCCGCCGCUGGAUGAGUGGAACUACCAAGGUCUGAGCUGCCUGCAUCUCGCCGUGCUCACUGGCGACCGUCGCCUGGUGGCGCACCUGGUCUCCCAUGGCGCCAACGUCGCCUGCAUGGAGGGCAAGAGCGGCCGGACGCCCCUCCACCUGGCCGUCGAGGCGGGCAACAUCGUCAUGCUCGAGUUCCUGGCCACGAUGUGCAAGGCUGAUGUGCGCGCCACCACGUACGGCGGUCUGAGUGGUUACCAGCUGGCGCUGCUGAACGCCCGGCUCGAUGUGGCCGAGGUGCUGGAGUCGCUCGGAGCGGCGCCUGACGCCCUGCCAGAGUCGGAUAUGGAGCUCUCCGACUCCGAGCCCGAGAUGCUGCUGAAAGCUGACCUCAGCGACGUCCGGAUAGGAGGCCUGCCACUGGUGGCGGCUCAGUGAGCGCUACCCUUGGCGAGGGCAAGAUUCACCGUCGCCGGGCGUCACUGACCGUCACCAGACGUCAUCGGUACAUCACCAGACCGUCAUCAGACGUCAUCGACCGUCACCAGACGUCAUCGGUACGCCACCGACCGUCAGCAGGCGUCAGUACACCAUCGGCGCGGGCCUUACCACCAGCUGGCGCCACCAGCCACCCGCUCCGCCUCUGCCGUCCGUCCAUUCGUCACAGAGCUCGCCGAGCUAACUCGCCGGGCCGAAGCUGCCGAGUGAGGCACCAAGGAGAGUCCUGCACGUGCCGUCGGCCAGUGACCGGUCUCCGCCGACGCGUCGGACAAGCCCACUGCGGAUUCAGGCCAGCGGUGACGUCACCAGCGAUGAUGCACGGCGCCGACCGCAAACAAAUGCGGAUUAUGCGGUUUCACCGCAUUAGAGUCGCUGGUUUUCUCUGGAGAAUGAACUCAGCAUUAGAAAGGAACACCAAACAAUCGCAUUGCCAUCACGGCAUGUGAAUGUUAGAGGACACUGGUUGUUUUGGAUACUGUGGUCGGCAUGUGAAUGUUAGAGGACACUGGUUGUUUUGGAUACUGUGGUUUCGUCGUCUGUUUGUAAACUGUAGCUACAUUACGCUACCUUUAGCUUACCAACUUGUUAUGUAGAAUGUGCACAUGGUUAUCCAAGCGAUAUAUAAUGUGUGUAUAUAAUGGUCGGAGGUUUGAGAUGGACGAACGUUUAUAUGUGUGUCUGCUAUCGCUGGGGUUUGCCAUCUCAGGCCGAUUUCGAUCUCAUUCUGAGCGGUUUGUAGCGUGUGUCGUUGUAGUAUUCAUUUAUCACUCUCAUCGUGUAUUAUAUUCAUAGUCAUCAUCAUCUACAUAUAUUGUGAUUUCAUCUUUGUCAUGUUCUAAAUGACAGCAAAAACUUGCGAGUAAUCUAUUCGCUUGCUCGCUGUUUUGAUAGUGAUUGUUUCUUGUAAUGUAUGCCACAUAUAAUUUUAAUUAUUCAAGUAUAUGUCAAUUAUUUACUGCGUAAUAUAUUUGAUCGUAUUGC